AUCCGAAUUGAUAUGAUCAGAUACAGUUUUAUUGUUGCUAUAUAAAGCUAAAAUACUUCGAAAUAUUUUAAUAUUUUUGUAAUACUAAACAGUUUUAAAGUAUGGUGAUUAGGUGUUUGUUAAAAUAGAUAUUGUGUGGCGUUGCAUUGUAAUGGUUUUAUUGGUUUAUGUCUAGUGUGAGGUAUUUAAUUGUUUGUGAGUGUACAAUAGUUUCGGAUGAUUCAAUAAAGUCAAAAUCACAUGGAACAGACUUUCUAAGAAAAAGAAAGACGUAGUAAUCAGAAAUGUUCUUAUCAAUAUUCCUGUUAGUGUUAACCGCUCUCAUCAUCUGGAGACUCUUGGAUGAUGAAGUGUCUCCACUGGACAAGCUGCCGGGACCACCACGCAGGCCUAUUAUUGGAUCUACAUUAGAGUUCCUGAAUAUUUCACCCCGUGAAAUGUUCCUGAAGAUUCGACAAUUCACUAGAGAUUAUGGAGACCGCUACGUCAUCAAGAUAUUCAAGAGAAGAAUCCUUCAUAUUAAUAGCGUUAAGGAUGUUGAGAUUGUCCUCUCCCAUUCAAGAAAUAUUAAGAAGAGCAAACCAUACACGUUCCUGGAAGCUUGGCUUGGCACCGGACUACUGCUCAGUAGUGGUGCAAAAUGGCACAAACGCCGCAAGAUCUUGACUCCGACGUUCCACUUCAACAUUCUGAAGAACUUCGCGGUUGUGAUGGAGGAGCGAGCAAGAGGUCUUGUGGAGAGGCUGCGAGGACUGGACGGGGCUGAGGUCAGUCUGAUGCCGGUCAUCAGUGACUACACACUGUCCACUAUCUGUGAAACUGCAAUGGGCACACAACUUGACGCAGACAAAUCAAAGUCUACUGUAGCCUACAAAAACGCCAUUAUGGAAAUAGGUGGUCUUCUCCUAGCCCGCCUUACCAGGGUGUGGCUCCAUAAUGAAUACAUCUUCCGAAAGUUCCCCAUUGGUAAACAAUUCGAGAAAUACCUUCACCAAGUUCGUUCCUUUGCUGACAACGUCAUAAUGGAAAGAAAGAGUACUUGGAAACCAGGUGAAGGGGACUUCAAAGAGGAUGAUGAUAGCAUCGGACAGAAGAAGAGGCUGGCUAUGCUGGAUCUUCUGCUGGAAGCGGAGAAUAAAGGGGAGAUCGAUUUUGAAGGGAUCAGGGAGGAAGUGAACACUUUUAUGUUUGAGGGUCACGAUACUACAGCCAUGGCCAUUGUUUUUGGACUAAUGCUGAUAGCCGAUCAUCAGGAAGUGCAGGACCGGCUAUACGAGGAGUUGCAGACGAUCCUGGAUGAUUCAGACAAGGCUCCGAGUAUGGCUGAUCUGAACGACAUGAAGUAUCUGGAAGCUGUCAUCAAGGAAACCCUCAGGCUGUACCCCAGCGUGCCCUUCAUCGCUCGGGAGAUCACUGAGGACUUCAUGUUGGAUGAUCUUCCGAUAAAGAAGGGUGUGGAGGUGGCUGUCCACAUAUAUGACCUCCACCGUCGAGCGGACCUCUUCAAUGAUCCCGAAGCUUUCAAACCUGACCGGUUCCUUAACGGAGAACCCAUGCAUGCUUAUGCAUUUGUACCUUUUAGUGCUGGACCUAGAAACUGUAUUGGUCAAAGGUUUGCGAUGCUGGAAAUGAAAUGCGUGCUGAGCGGAAUCUGUCGUAACUUCAAACUGUCGCGAGCCACUAAUACGAGGCCCGCGCUCACCGCUGACAUGUUGAUACGGACUGAGGAACCAGUGCUUGUGAAGUUUAUACCUAGGAAAGUCUAGGUUUUUAUUGAGAAUUAUGAAAUAAAGUAUGUGUCAGAGUUC